GAAGAGUUACGUUGGUGUUUUGAAUUGAAUCUGAAAAGCAGACUGUCAAGAAUUGCCACUUUCUCUCGCGAUCCUUUUAAGAAUUUUAAUUUUAAGCACGUUGGAUCUUUAACUAGAAUUACAAGCAAUAGCCUACCUUCGGGAAAAAAUGAGUAAAAUUUCAAAGAUUUUUAAAGUGAGCUCAUCAAGCUCGUCCAGCUCCAGACCCAGUUCUAGUUCUGGAUCCAGUUCUAGAUCUAAGCACCGGUCCCGGUCGGGUGCAUCACCACAGGAGGCCAUCAACAAACUGAGAGAGACAGAGGCCAUGUUAACGAAAAAACAGCAAUACCUGGAGAGCAGAAUCGAGCAGGAGCUCACCAUUGCCAAAAAGAAUGGAACAAAAAACAAAAGAGCUGCACUUCAGGCUCUUAAGAGGAAGAAACGUUUCGAGCAACAGCUGACUCAGAUCGACGGGACCCUGUCCACUAUUGAGUUCCAGCGAGAGGCCCUUGAGAAUGCCACCACAAACACAGAGGUUCUGAAGAACAUGGGUUACGCAGCUAAAGCCAUCAAAGGGGUUCACCAGAACAUAGAUCUGGAUAACAUUGACUCUCUCAUGCAGGACAUUACAGAACAACAGGAAGUAGCUCAGGAGAUCAGUGAUGCCAUCUCAAAACCUUUUGGUGAUCAGUUUGAUGAGGAUGAAUUGUUGGCUGAGCUGGCAGAGUUGGAACAGGAAGAACAUGAAGAAAGUAUGAAGAAUAUGGGCAGAUUACCAAGUGUACCAACCACUAAACUGCCGAGCACAAGACCAAGCCGCCAUGCAACCUCCAAAAAGAGAGUGGAGGAGGAUCAUGAUAUGAAGAGGUUGGCUGCCUGGGCUUCAUAAGCAGCAGUGCACACACAAAUGCUCUUUCUUCUUUCUACUUUACAUUCACUUUCACUUUUAGAUCUACAUCCUGCAAAGAAUUGCAAGAGCUUUUUGAAAGAAUGAAAAAAGUAAAGAAAUCAAUCUUAAAAUUUCUAUAUUGUAUUAAAAAAAAUGUUUUUGUUAUGUGUUGAUCUUUAAGAUGAAGGAUUACUUUGCUGGCAACUUGGUGUAAAUAGUAGCAAUUUAUGAUUAAAUGAUAUUAAACUGUUAAUUUUUAAUUAAAUGUAAAUGUAAAAUACUGGGGUUUGGAUGGAAAAAAAAAACUUUAAAUAUCAAAUGUAUUGCAUAUCAAAUACACAAUUUAAGAGUGA